UGAUUGGGCAGCAUUUGGUAAAAUGGGCGUCGCUAAACGUCAAGGUUUCGUUCUGUAGCUAGUGUAUAAAAGACAAUCAAGGUCCUCCCUUAUAUGACAUAUUGGCAAUGGCGUCUGUAACACACUAAUGACCAGAGUUAUAACAUGGCGACACGUUGACAGGUGAAACGGAGGAGCCCGAGGACAGAGCGGCGAUGGCGGGCACCUUUGGCCUCAAAGGCUGCCAGCAAAUUCGCGGUCCGCAGCUACGACAUCUUCUGGAGGCCAAGGAGUUCUUCCUGUUCGACUGCGACGGGGUCAUCUGGCACGGCGAGAAGGCUAUCACGGGCGCGGCCAAGGUAGUCAAGUCGCUCAUGAGACAGGGCAAAAAUGUCGUGUUCGUCACCAACAACUCCACCAGGCCCAGGGAGAAAUACGUCCACAAGUUCUACCGGCUGGGCUUCACCGACGUCGUGCUGGAGCAAAUCUUCAGCUCGUCCUACUGCUCGGCCCUCUACCUGCGGGACGUGAUCAAGCUCCGAGGCCGGGUCUUCGUCAUCGGCUGCGACGGGCUUCGCGACGAGCUCCAGGAGGCGGGAAUCCCCUGUGUGGAGGAGGCGGACGAACCAGACGCCACCAUUUACAACUGCGCCCUGGCCCCGGACGUCAAGGCGGUACUGGUGGGCCACGACGACCAACUGACUUUCCUAAAACUGGCCAAGGCCUCAUGCUACCUGAAGGACCCGGACUGCUUGUUCCUGGCCACCGACAACGACCCUUGGCACCCGCUGUCGAGCGGAAGGAUACUCCCAGGUUCCGGCUCACUCAUGGCAGCCCUGGAGGUGGCCUCUGGUCGCAAGGCCACCGUGAUCGGCAAACCCAGCCGCUUCAUGUUCGAGUGCAUCUCCAGCCAAUUCCGGGGGGUGGACCCGGCCCAGUGCCUAAUGGUGGGCGACCGCCUGGAAACUGACAUGCUGUUCGGUUCCAACUGCGGCUUGGACACCAUGCUUACCCUCACCGGGGUGUCACAGAUGGAGGAGGCCCACCAGUACAGGAAUAGUGAGGUGUCGUCCAAUCACAGCCUGGUACCGGACUAUGUGGUGGACACCAUUGCUGACUUCUUGCCUGCUUUUGAGGAACUGGAUGAAGAAAGCAAUUGAUGGCUUCUAUUAGAUUGCAAGUGCGGCACAAUGCCAUUCAGUCAGCUUUCAGUAAUUCCAAGCAUACCUCAGUGUUUUAAGUGUUGUGCCCAAUUGUGAUUGAACUGUUCAAGUGUUAAAUGUUAUUGCACUUUCUUGUUCAUGAGCUUUUGCGUGUUUGAUACUGUCUUUGGAUGAGGUAUUUUGUAAAAGUGUGAACUGAGCUAUAAGGCAGAUACGAACAGACUGAUUCUUAUAACACAUUCUAUAAUGUGUAUAUAUUACGAAAAAAACCCACCAUUCGACAAUCUGUCUGUCACACCUGCGCUAUAUGUGCCAAUAUUCAAAGUAUUGUAUUUCCUCAUAUAGUGGCCCGGAGAGUUUCUCACCUGCAGAGUUUCAGGCAUCUGUGAGGAGUAAGGCUAAAGACCAUGUUAUACAAUGUAUACAUUUAUUUUCCAACAGUAUUGGAAGGGUAUUGUCCAAAAUGUAUCCUUGAUGCUGGGAUUUAGACUUUUUUUUUUUUUGGAAACCUUUCUGGUAGCAUGCAGUUUUGUGUCAAAGGAGGUGUUUUAGCCAGAUUGGAGUGUGGCUCCAAGAAGCCACUUUUCCAAUGUAAAAGAUGCCAUAUAUCACAACAAUGUAACAUUUAGUGGGACUGGAGGACAUAAACGGUAGCAACACUAGCAUAGAUAGCUAUGUGAGCUACAGUGCUAACAUUGCACCCACAUUUUCACAGUAUCAUGCUACGUUAGCCUAAUUACUGAAGAAAACACAAUGGUCAAGCUCUCACAUCUGUAACUGACUUGACUGCUCGUUGGCAGAGCUCCAGCCUUUAUUUUAAGAUGUGUAGUGAAGCCUGCUUCUUUACAAAGCUGUCCUUUUAGUGGUGGGCAUAUAGUAUUUAAAUGGACAACACACCCAGCAAUUACUUGCAUCAGUGUCUAUUUGAGCAGAGGCUACUAUCUGAUGAAAUACUGUUUUUAUUCAUAUAUGUAAUGAGCAAUUUGAGUUUUUUGUCAGAAAGGCUGUCACAUUGAUGGUGAAAGAUCAUAAUCACCCGAGUGAAUAUCAGUGUUAGCAUAGCGAGCAUGUUGGCAACAAUAAAUAAGUGCAUUUAAUGCCA